AUGGCGCAGGCACAAGCACAGGCACAAGCAUGUGCAAGUCAGGACUCGUACGAGCAGGAUUGCACAGGUGCCGCCAUCUCGGCGAGAGAAAUUGGCAAACCACUGCACGGUACUGCACCUUGGAUUGUCCAAUGUUGCAUCCAGUCCGUGCCGGCAUACGAGUACACCAAACGCGGCGACGCGACUCCAACUCAUCAACAUUCUAAAGGGAUGGCUCGAGGCAAGAAGAGGAAGCUCGGCUCAGACGACGCGUCAGGCAAUCAAGCCCUUGCCUCGUCCAAGCAUGACACACCCGUGAAGAAGGAUUUGCUGCUGCUGCACUAUCCCGUUGUAUGCACACUAAGGGAACAUGUGCUCUCCAGCCUUCCCGAUACCUCAAAGAUCAGGCGAAAGAAGAUUGCGGCCUUGGGAUCCAGCAUAGAUGCCAGUGCCAUAGAGAUACAACUUGCCCAUGUCCUCGACUCUACUCUGGUCGGCACCAGCCUUCCGACUCCAAAGUCUGAAUCAGAGGAGGCCACAUGGCAGCAGUGGCUGUCCUUCUCUCAGAAAGGAGAUGAAUCAUAUGUGACUAUAUCUAAUGGAGUAGCUUCAUCGAUUGCCAUCCAAUCCGAGAUUAUUGAUUUCGUCAUCUGGAGUCUGUUUUCGAAAGAGAGAAAUGGGUCUUGGCCUAAGCACAUCCUAUGUGAUGGCUUCCGUAGAAAUGCCAGAGACGAUCAAUCCGCCAGAUCAACUAUCCAUGGAGUAUUCAGUCUCUAUCCCAACUUCCAUGUCAGGGCAUUAAGAGAGGCUCCAUGGCCUCACCUUCUGGCACUCCUGGGCCAGGCCGGCGAAAGAGUAAUGAUCAACCUGUUAUAUAAGUGCUCUAUUUUCCUCAAAGUCGAUGCGGGCCGAGACAACUACCUUCAACUUACUGGCAUCCCCCUGUCCGAGCUAGAUACCAAGGCUUCAGAUCAUACUUUGAAGUCUCAGAUGCGCAAACCCUCGGACAUAACCAUUGUUCGCAGUAGAAUAUUCUAUGCAAAACCGGCUACAACUGCAAAAGGCCUGGUUCAAGCAGGUUUCAAGCAUAUCCAUGCGUUAAAUCGCCAUCCUCACACUAGUGAGGUCUUUGGUACCGGUACAGAUAGCCAGGAAUCGAUAAAGAUUCGACAGCAAAACGAGGCACAUACGACCAAACUCAUGAUGUAUAUCUUUCCACGCCAGUUCGGCUUGCACAACGUCUUCACUUCAGCUAUUGAUGCGAAUCAAACGGCUCAAAAAUUUCACGACUAUACCCUUCGCGAAGAUGAAAUCAAUAAGGCGAUGAGAGCCAGUAAAGGUGUUCCUGAGAAGUCGCUGCCAAAGUUGCCCAAACGACUGAGGGGCACAACCAGAGACCUUGUGCGGCGUCUGCAGAUUCUUCAUGCUCGUUGUUCUUACUUUGAGCUCCUCAGACACUAUUGCCCAACGUUCCUCGAUGGGCCUCAUGGGAGUAAAAAGAAACCUGGAGAUGUAGAGCCGUCAGCCACCUCAAUUCAGGUUCCUGGUCGAGCAACCCAAGCCGCCGAAUCCCAACCCAAACGGCGCAUGCGCCGGCAUCCUACAGAUGCUUCGGCACUCCCUGAGCAUAGAUCGCUUGUGGAGCUUGCGUGCCCCGUGGCAUGUGUAUCAGCAUUCUGCCAAGCAGCGCUCUCCAAGAUUAUUCCAGACAACUUUUGGGGCAGCGAGAAGAGCUGCCAUAACAAAACCGCGUUUCUCCGGAAAGUGGACCGUUUUAUCAAGCUUCGACGUUUUGAAAUGAUUUCGUUACAUGAGAUUACACAAGAUUUCAAGGUAUUGUCAGAUUCCUCAAGCUUGGGACAAUCCAGACUGUAUGCUCAUCAUUAG